GUGCGGCCACCGCUGGACUUUCAGGACAAUUUCCAAGCCGAUGGCGUGCAGAUUCUCACACUGCCGGAGGAGCGCCGUAUCUUGGCACUUCCCUGUUGGACGACAAAGGCAGAAGAAGAGGAGAUAGAGGACUUGAUGCUUCGAGCUAUCGAGAUGCUGCGUAUCUUGCAGCAAGCGGCAGCAAACAAGGAAACUUGGUUUGUGGUGGUUGCUGGCGAUGGGGCCUUUGCUGAGGCUUGCUUCACCGCAGUGUCCAGCAUGCUUCGCAGUGCCUUGGGCGAGCAGCCAUUGGAUGUGCAGGUGGUCCGUGUCUAUGCCACUACAUGGGAAUCGGUGAGGUCCAUCCUGGCAGAGACGAAACUGCCACUGAUCUCUGAAGAUCCUGUUUGUCGUGUAGUGGAUGGUGUGCUGGAAGCACCGCGGCUGCAGAAGUGGAUUCCGGACAGCUCUGUGACAAGAGCUGCUAUUUGCACGGGGGGCCGAUAUGUAGUCACUGGCGGCAGCGGUGCUCUUGGUGAAAGCUGUGUGCAAUGGCUUUUGGGUCGAGGAGCUGGACAUGUGACGAUCUUGUCUCGAAGCGAGCCUGAGUUUUCUGAUGAACGUGUGAGAUGGCUCAAAUGUGAUGUGUCCAAAGCCGCUGAUUUGAAAGCCACAGCUGCAAAAUGCAAAGACUCCCAAGAUGUCAACGGCAUCAUUCACGCUGCUGGGGUGUUGGCUGAUAAGAUGUUGGCUGAGCAGACGGAGCAGAACAUCCGCAAGGCCUUUGGCCCCAAGGUGUUGGCUGCCUUGCUGUUGCCCAAGUUGCUGGAACCAACAGACUUUGUCGUCCUCUUCUCAUCGGUUGCUGCGGUGGAAAGGAACCCUGGUCAGGUGCCUUAUUCGGCAGCAAACGCAGCCCUUGAUGGAUAUAGCUCUUGCCUGCCCAUGAAGACUUGUGUGAUAAGCAUCCAGUGGGGUCCGUGGCAGGUAGGCAUGGCGAAGGAAUCUGGUGCUUUAGGUGCGGCUGCGCAGCGUGGCAUGGGAGCCUUUUCUCGAAGAUUAGGUCUCCUGGUUUUGGAGCAGCUUUUGUCCGCCGGGGUCCGUGGGCCUGUUUGCGCCAUACGGUCCAGCUCUCCAACAGAAGGUACAAGUCCAGCUGCCAAAGCAAGAGAAAGAAACACGAACACACAGCUGACGCUGUCCGACCAGAACAUUAUGGACCGCGUGCGAGCCAUUGUGUGUAGCGUCGCAGAGGCUGGAAACCAGGUAUCAGACGACACGCCACUUGCAGAGGUGAUUCCCUCCUUGAGCGUGGGUGAGCUGAGCACUUUGUUGAAGAACGAGUUCGAUUUGUCUCUUCCUCAGACCCUGAUCUUUGAACACACCACGAUCGUGGAGCUGUCGCGACACAUUGCCAAGCUCUCCGACGGCUGUCCGAGCCCUUGGAUUCAGCUUGAAAGUGCCAACCAAAUCAGUUCAGACGAGGGCCUUCCGUCUCUGCAGAGAGGCACAAGGGCCUUGUUCUUGGUCGGAGGCGCCAUGGGCAAAGUGGAGAGCUCGUUCGGUGACCUGGCGAAACACUGGAGAGGCAAGGUCUUUGCUGCCAUGCCUCCACGGCGGGUGAAGGACAUGAAAUUGAUCUUGACAGCUUUGGGACCUGCCUUGCAGAAGCUGACGGAAGAACUCACAGAGCCUCUCAUGCUAGGCGGGCUAUCUUUUGGCGCCACUGUUGCGCUUGAGCUGCUGCAUCAUGGGUGGGCUCCCAAGGCUGAGGCGGUCGUCCUCUUGGACCCACGCAACUUACAGAAGGCGGCUGUGGCCCUCGGCCGAGAUCCCUUGUGGUAUGAAGAAAUCUCUGCAAACCUGGGCCUUCCUGAGGUUUCCUUGCCUUGCCUCCAUGUAGUAGCGCAGGUCAAGGAGAGCUAUGAAUCAGAGGUGAAACAAAAAGCAUCUGCAGGAUUUCAACGCGACCACGAAGUGAUGCAACGGCUGCAACAGGUGUUCCAGAGGAUCUCAAGCGUUCGCACCGAGGCAGAUCAUUUUGAGUUCAUGUUUGGCGACGCUGGCGAGCGACUUGCUCAUGAAAUUGCUGCAUGGAGAACCGAACACCAUAUGCCCGAGAACUCCUCUCAUCCUCCCUUGAGAACACCUGCGACUCAGGAAACCUUCAGAAUCGCUUCAAUGAGUUGCCGCUUCCCGUGCCUCGGGGGGAGCUUUGACAUGUUUGAAGGAGUGGACGCAGUGCGCAAAAUCCCAUCCUCGCGUUUGGAUCUCGAGGGCUAUGACUGCGCGUUUGAUGACUUUGAGAACCCCGUGUACACCACCCAUGCAGGCUGCGUGACUGGUGUUGAAUGGUUUGCGCAUCAUGAGUUUCGAAUCAAAGCAGCUGAAGCACGGGCAAUGGAUCCACAACAACGAUUGCUCUUGGAGCAGGGGCAGCUUGCCUUGGUUGGUGUGGGCGAUUGGCGAGAUCACAAUGUGGGAGUUUGGAUCGGGCAGGCCAACCACGAUUGGAUGACUUGGCAGGGCUGGCGAAAUGUGUCCUCACAUUCUGCUGGUGGAGCCUCGCCCUCCAUAUGCGCAAACAGGCUCAACUAUGUUUUUGAUCUGCGUGGUCCGAGUGUCGCUGUUGACACGGCCUGCUCCUCGAGCAUGGUUGCCUUGUGCCAAGCCACAGACACACUCAGGCUUCAAAGAUGCUCAAUGGCAGUAGUCGGAGGUACCCAUGUCUUUGCUGAUGAAGGGAUGUUCGUGGCAGCUUGCAAGACCACUGCGCUGUCCAAAGUUGGCCGCUGCCUGACCCUUGAUGCAUCCGCUGAUGGAUAUUGUAGAGGUGAGGGUGUAGGAGCUCUUAUUUUGCAGCCCAGUGCAGAUGCCAAGGUUGCUGAAAUUCUUAGUGUGGCAAACAAUCAUGAUGGGCGAAGUGCCAGCCUCACCGCUCCAAAUGGGAAGGCGCAGGAGCGCCUCUUUCGAACAAGUUUGGCCUUGGCUUCUUUGCAGACAGUCGAUGUUGUGGAGCUUCACGGUACUGGAACUAAGCUUGGUGAUCCUCUUGAAGCAGCUUCCACCAUGGCUGUUUUUGGCAAGUCGGGCAAGCCUGUUUGUGGAGCUGUGAAAUCAAACAUGGGUCACUUGGAAGGAUCAGCUGGUUUGGCUGGUCUCUUCAAGCUGAUUUGUACUCUUCGCAACAAAGCUGGGCCUCCGAAUCUGCAUCUGAAGUGUCUCAACCAACACAUCUCCAGCGACAUUAUUGUGAGCGAAGCCUGUGCCGAUCUCAGACAAAGCACGGCAACCUUGUCCGGGGCAGUGUCAUCUUUUGGUUUUGGUGGCAGCAACGCCCAAGCGCUUUUGAUGCCUGGCGCCACAGGCUCCAGCACAGUCAAUUGGGCCAAGGGCAAGCGUAGCAAAACCGAAGCUUUCCUACCUUGGCGGCGGUUGCUCAAUCCACUCCUCAGAAGAGAUGGAGAGUCAGAUUUUGCUGUGCAGCUUGACGACAUCUGCCACCUUUUCAGCGACCAUGAAGUUGCAGGAGGGUUAUCGCGUAUAUAUACAUGA